AUGAUACCGUCAGAUGAGGGCCAGCUUUUCGGUUUAUACGGAUAUCUAAUCUUGAUAAUCUUCCUUGCCUUAACAUAUAUACUUCUACGUCUGUUUCCAGACAUAAGGGCACGUCUGCCCUGGCAUAAUUUCAGUGAGGCAACCAAACAUUCAAACGCUAAUACCCCUGCAUCUAACACAUCCGAGAAUAUAGUUUCACAAUCAACAAAUGGAGUGCAAAUAAUUCAUUCGAAGAAAAAUCCUACUUUACGUAAACGUUCCAUUCGUAAGGUAACAACAACAACACUAUCAUCAACUGCAAAAUCAUUAUCACCCUCAUCAUCUUCAACAAAAUUGUCAGAUAAAUCCUCUUCCUUUUCUUCAUCGGCGCACUCUUUUAAUUCUAUUGAAUGUUGUCAGAAAUUAGAUGAAAUCUUAAACGAUGACCAAAAUGAAUGUGUUCAAGAUACUAAUUUAUGUUCGGUUAAACAAAAACCAGUUGCCAAUGAACAGAUGAUGAUGAUGAAUAAAAGCAUUGGUUCGAAAGACACAGAUACUAUCACUUCCACAAUUCAUGAAGUAGUAAAGACAUCCAAUAGUAGUGGCAGCAGUACCAUUACUAAAUCAUUAAAAACAAAGAAAUCAAAUCCUAUACAUCAUGAAUCAUGUAAAGCAGUAGUUGAAUCAUUAUCAUCAUUGUCGUCUUCGUCUACUGUUCCUGAACCAUUGAAUAACUCAUAUAUAUCUACUCCUGUUUCUGGUACAUCUGUUACGCCACAAGUAUUAGAUACUACCGGGGAUGAUGAUGGUGAAUGGUUAUGUGCAAAUAUGAAAACAGUUAGACGUCGUCGACGCAAUAAUAAUAAUAACAAAGACAUUAAACAAUUGAUAAGUACAGAUAAUAAUGAUAAUGUUCAUGUUGAUGACACCAAAUUAGAAGGACACGUUCUACAGCAGCAACCAAUUGAGUUAUCAUCCUUAAUAGUCUCAAAGGAAAAUAAUCAAAAUAAGUCCAACUCUACAGAUGAUAUUGGUAGCAAUGAUCAACAGUAUUUAAUAACUAGUCAAGAUAUUAAUAAUUCUAAAAGUAAUGAAAAUUUGGAACCUGAUUCUAGUCAUCAAUGUGUAGUAGAAUGCUGCAACAAAACAUCUUCAAUGAUAGAAAAUGUUAAUUCUUCAUUGAAGAAACAUUCAUUAACGGAUCAAUCUGUUUCUAGCACUACUACUAAUAAUACUACUAGUAGUAGUAGUAGUAGUAAUGAUCCAUCUCAUAUUGUUAUUCAUUCUAAUUCUAUUGUUACAUCAAAACGUAAACGUCGUAAUAUUCCACGUAAAAAAUCUACAGGUGAAAUUAUUAUUAAUAAUGAUAAUAUAGAAUCUUAUAGUAUAUUAUGUAAUGAAAAUCAAUACGAUGAUAAUAAUUCAGUUACUACAGCAACAACAACAACAACUACUACGAAUACUCCUAUCAAUUCAUCAAUGAAAAAAAAUCUACAUAAACAAAAUGAAGAUGAUGAAAGUGGUUUUGAAUUAAUUGAAAUUUCAAAUACAUCAUCAUCAGUAUCGUCAACUGUUGAAUCUGAUGAAUUAGAAAUACAUUCAUCCUUAUUAACCACUACUAGUACUACUGGUGCUGCUGCUGCUGAAAAAACAUUAUUACCUCAAUCAUCAUUAUCACCACCUGAUUUAUUAUCACAUUUUCCACCAUUAAUUAAAGCAGAUAAUGGUGAUCCAAUUUCUGUAACAAUGGAAGUAGAACUUCUUGAAGGUGGAAGACAUCCACAAGCGAAUAAAUUGUUAAAAUUAGCCCUAAGCAGUAAUAACAAUAAUAAUAAUAAUAAUAAUAGUAAUAGUCAAACUAUUAAUCGACAGGAACAGUUAACUGAUGAUCUUGUCAGUGGAACUUGUAGUAUUAGUAGUAGUAGUAGUAGUAAUAAUAAUAAUACUAAUAAUAAAAAUACUAUGAAGCGUUCCAAAGUGAGAAAAGCUGAUUAAAUGAUAAGAAUAUGAUUUUCAUGUACUAUUCAACUAUUUUUUUCCUUUCUCUCUCUCUCUCUCUCUCUCUCUCUUUCCCUUUCUCUGUCUAUUGAUAUAUGUCUUUAUUCUCUUUUUCUCUCUAUCUCUUGUUUUCUUUUCUCAUUUUAUCUAUAUACUUAGAUCAGAUUAUAAUUAUUGGUUUCUCAAAUGACCUCUUAUAAUAAUUGUAUUAUCUAUUCUAAUAAUAACAAUUUUAUUUGUCACUGAUCAUCAUUAUACUGAUCAUGUUGAAUCAUUUUUGUUGAGAGAAAAUGUUCGUUUAUUCUCCCCUUUCAUCUUUCUGAAGCAAAUAAUAGUACAAAAAAAAAGAAGUAGGGAUGAAGUGUAACUCAUCCCAUUUGAUUUUCUCAGUUUUACUCCUCUAUUUUUUCUCUUCUUAUUCUCUGAGUUUUUUUUUGUUUAUAUUUUACAUUUAUUCCUCCUGAAUAUAUUGUGUGUAAUCAUGUUUUUGUAAAGAAAAAAUAAUCAGUGAUAGACAGACAACACUCUUUAUCAUUAUUCUCUUUUCUGGUAUAGAUCGUGUUCUAUUCAAUGAUCUGUAUUGUUUCCACUUGUUUAAACGAUUGUAUUUUAGAACUAUUGUCGUGUUGUUGAUGAUAUGAGUCUAUGUGUGUGUGUGUAUGUGAGUGAUAUUUUGGAGUCUUUCCUUCUUCUUCUUCUUCUUCUUCUCUUUCUUUCCAGUGUGUUUAUCACUGUUUGUUUCCACAUAUUUUUGGGUGAUCAUGGUUUGUAGAUCCUCGUUUAUUUUCUUCUCAGUGUUUUUCGUUGUGGAUUGUUUCUUCACUGCUUAUUUAUGAUUUUUUUCUCUUUUAUAUUAACAAAAGUUGAAACUUGACGGCAAUAUCACUUUUUUUUACCACCACUAAGUUAUUUUGUCCUAUUGGCCUCAUAUUUUUAGCGCCAAAUAUAAAUACUGUGAUAUUUACAUAAUUAUAUGCAUCUUAUUCUAUUCUAUUUCAGGAUCAAUAUAAAGACUAACUGUUCAUCAUUUUUUAAUUGGUUAUCUGAGCAUGUUUCUAUCUAUCUAUUUAUAUAUAUAUUUGCCGUGUCAAGGUCAAGUGGAUGGGGGCGCACAUUUUGAUUACUCUUUUUUGAUUGGUUGGUUAGUUCAUGGUAUGCAUUAAUUUCUGUGUUUUCAUUUGUCGUCGAUAUACUUCCCAAGGUCAAAGAAUGAUUUUGAUGCAUUUUGCUUGUUUCUUAUUGGUUGGUUAAUUCUUUAUAAAACAUAUAUUUGUUAAUAGUGCAUAACAGUUUCGUACAUUUUUUAUCUUCUUCAUACUUUCAUUUAUGUAUGAUUGAUUAGAGUGUCAUUGGGAGAUUUGAUUUGUUUACAGUACACAAUUGUAUGGAUACAAAAAAAGAGUAAUAAUAAUGGUGGUGUUGUUGUUGUUGCUAUGCAUUGAGUAUUAUCCAACAAAAAAAUCAAACAAAUAAACAAAUUUGAUGCCCUAAUAAUUAGUCAAACAGCUUCUUUAGUCAUUUGUGAAAACACAAUAUAUAUUUAUAUAUAAUUGAUAUUAUUUAUUUACUUAACUUUUGACUUAAAUAAUUUAUUAUUAAUGUCCACAUAUACAAUAUUGCAAUGAUUAUCCCUUUGUCCCCCCCCGCUAACCUUGAUCAGUCUAUUUUUCUGUUGUUUCAGUUUAUUGAUUAAUUAGUUAUUUUUUUUAAAAAUAUAUUGAUCGAUGUGAAUUGAUUUGUUUAUUUAUUUGUUUGUUUUUGUUUUUCUUUUGUUUAUUUUGUUUGUUUGUGUGUGUUUGUGUUUACAUUUGUGCAUUUGAGGUGGGAUAAUUAUUAUUAAUAAUCGAUUUUUUUUCAGAAAAAAAAUAAAAUAAUUUAAAUGCCCCUUCUUAUUUUUGUGGGUUUUUUUGUCUACCCCUCCUUUUUUUUCUUAGAUCUGGAUAAUUUAUUGAAUGAAUGAGAAAGUAUGUAAAGAAAUUAGUCUAUUUUGUUGUUGUUGUUGUUAAGUAUAUCAGCUUCUAAAUAGUAGUUAUGUUAUAUUAGUAACCCAAUGAGUGACUAAAGUGACUUUGAGAGUAUUCACCUAAUCACCUAGAAUCAAAUACGGGUAAUAAACUAGUGUGUGGUAUUAGAAUUAUGAUUUACAAUUGAUGAUUAAUCAAGGUAAUAAAUCAGAUUUAGUGUUUUCAUCACGAAUUGUGACAUCAAUUAUAAUGCCAAAAUUAUAUUUAGUCAAAAUGGAAGGGUGAAUUUCGCGACAAAAUCCGAGACCUGUUAUCUUAUAUCUGAUUGGCUCGUCUAUAAGUCAUACUCUCGCUAAUAACCCUUAUACACAUACACUCACAAUAAGUAUGAUUCGAAUUUGAGCAAAUAAUUUUAUAAUCAGAGAGGGCUUUUCUGGAUGUUACAGUGAUUUAAUAGUUGAAUUCAUGAAUAAGUUGAUUGUUUGAAGUUAGAAAUUAACACCGCUGGAUGCCUAAUCAAUGUUCUAGAUGUUAAGCGCUAACCCGCGAGACUAAUGUGUCGUGGGUUCGAGUCUCGUGAGACAGAAUCGUAG